AUGGUCCACUACGCUUUAUCUCAAAAACACUUGAAAAUGAUGACAGCUCACUUGAGUGAAACUGAUCCUCAAGUUGAAACUAUCAUCAAGGGUGAAAUCGAAAGACAAAAACACUCAGUCAAUUUAAUUGCUUCUGAAAAUUUCACCUCCACCUCAGUUUUGGAUGCUUUAGGUACUCCAAUGUGUAACAAAUAUUCUGAAGGUUACCCAGGUGCUAGAUAUUACGGUGGUAAUGAAUGGAUUGACAAAAUGGAGUCAUUGUGUCAAGAAAGAGCUUUGGCUGCUUUUAGUGUUACUCCAGAUAAAUGGGGGGUUAAUGUUCAAGCUUUAUCUGGUUCUCCAGCUAACUUGGAAGUUUAUCAAGCUUUGAUGAAACCACAUGAACGUUUAAUGGGUUUGAGUUUGGAAUGUGGUGGUCAUUUGAGUCAUGGGUUUGAAACUGAAAAAAGAGCUAUUUCUGCCACUGCUACUUAUUUUACCUCUUUGCCAUAUAAAUUGGAUCCAAAAACUGACAUUAUUGACUAUGACACUUUAGAAAAAAACGCCAUUGCCUACAGACCAAAGAUCAUUGUUGCUGGUACUUCUGCUUAUUGUCGUUUGAUUGAUUAUAAAAGAAUGAAAGAAAUUGCUGUUAAAGCUGGUGCUUACUUAAUGGUUGAUAUGGCACACAUUUCUGGUUUGGUUGCCGCUGGUGUUAUUCCAAGUCCAUUUGAAUAUGCUGAUAUUGUUACUACCACUACUCACAAGUCUCUAAGAGGUCCAAGAGGUGCUAUGAUUUUCUUUAGAAGAGGUGUUAGAAGCGUCAAUGCCAAGACUGGCCAAGAAAUUUUAUACGAUUUGGAAAAUCCAAUUAACUUUUCUGUUUUCCCAGGUCAUCAAGGUGGUCCACACAAUCAUACCAUUAGUGCUUUAUGUACUGCAUUGAAGCAAGCUGCCACUCCUGAAUUUAAGGAAUAUCAAUUACAAGUGAUCAAGAACGCCAAAAUUUUGGAGGAAGAAUUUAAAAAGAGAGAUUAUAGAUUGGUUUCUAAUGGUACUGAUUCUCAUAUGGUCUUGGUUUCAUUAAGAGAAAAAAGUGUUGAUGGUGCUAGGGUUGAAUAUGUCUGUGAAAAGAUUAACAUUGCUUUAAAUAAGAAUUCUAUUCCAGGUGAUAAAAGUGCGUUGGUUCCAGGUGGUGUUCGUAUUGGUGCACCAGCCAUGACUACCAGAGGUAUGGGUGAAGAAGAUUUUGCCAAGAUUGUUGAUUACAUUGACAAAGUUGUUUUAUUUGCCGUUGAAACUCAAAAGAGUUUGCCAAAGGGCCAAAACAGAUUAAAGGAUUUUAAGAGUAAAGUUGAUGAAGGUUCUGAACUUUUGGACUCUUUGAAAAAGGAAAUCAGUGCCUGGUCUGGUGAGUUCCCAUUACCUGUGUAA